AUGGACAUAACCGCGUCCGUCGCGCCAAGUCCUUUGGGGCCUCAAGUCUUCGCAUCGAACGAGACCAAGCUCGAAGACCAAGACAGCGAGGAGAGGGUCCGUCCUCCGCAGCAAUUUCUGUCGGGCAUAACAGAAGUAGCGGAAACUUUGAUCAAGACUGGGCAACGUCAAGACCCAGAAGUGCUUUUCCACAGCCUAAAAAUGGCAAAGGGGCUACAGGGUCCAUUGGAUAAGUCUAAUCUUAACCUUUGGCUUACAUAUUUAAAUAUUCUCCGUGGCGAAGGUUACGACUUCAGCAAUGAAAAGAUGUUGGAACUGCUACUAACGAAGGCAACCAAAGAGGAGCUGAUGCAAAUUACGAGAAAUACUGAUAUGAGGGACGGCUUAAUACGGCUGCUGAUGUUUAGCUACCCACAAAUGUUACCGAAAAUGAUCGAGCGGGGGUUGAUGAAGGCACAUAUGAGCCCUGACGAUAUGUACUACUGGCAACGUAUCAGUGGUACGAAAAGGCUUACAACGAGCGACAUCGAGGCGUGGAAAGAUGUUUUUCGUCAGCUCUAUGACUGGUUUGUGUUGGUCGAAGCAUCCAGAGACAACACUAACGUCGUCAGCGAUGGUGCUAUCCUGGAAGUACUGGUACAAAAGAGAGGGCAACAGGAGGCAAUGGGUUUUUUGCACUGGCUUCGACGCGAACCUGGCAUGGAGGAUCGUGCCGACAGCUUGCUACAACUGCUGGUGAAGACACACCCGGAUAAGGUUCAAGUAAAACUUCAAGUAAUGCUUCGAUCGUGUCUCGAGAUAGCCAUUAGCCCUGAAGAAGUUUUUCGAAUGUUGCCGAUACCACCGAUACAUGACGACGGAAUGGAGGAGUGGGUUGAUGUCUUUUAUGUGAUCAAGGUCUGGUUUGUGUAUGUCGAUUCCUUCCGAAAUCGCGGUUACGACUUCAGCGAUGGUGCUAUCGUGGAAACACUGGUACAAAACAGAGGACAACAAGAGGCGAUGGAGUUUUUGUUCUGGUUUCGGCGCGAACCUGACAUGAAGGAUCGUGUCGACAGCUUACAACAACUGCUGGUGAUGAAAUACCCAGCUAUGCUUCAAGCAAUGUUUCAAUCGUGUCUCGAGGCAUCCAUUAGCCCUGAAGAAGUAUUACGAUUGAUACCCAUCGCGGCGACACAUGGAGACGAUAAGAGGGUGUUGACCGAUGUCUUUUAUGGGAUCAAGGUCUGGUUUGUGUAUGUCGAUUCCUUCCGAAAUCGCGGUUACGACUUCAGCGAUGGUGCUAUCGUGGAAACACUGGUACAAAACAGAGGACAACAAGAGGCGAUGGAGUUUUUGUUCUGGUUUCGGCGCGAACCUGACAUGAAGGAUCGUGUCGACAGCUUACAACAACUGCUGGUGAUGAAAUACCCAGCUAUGCUUCAAGCAAUGUUUCAAUCGUGUCUCGAGGCAUCCAUUAGCCCUGAAGAAGUAUUACGAUUGAUACCCAUCGCGGCGACACAUGGAGACGAUAAGAGGGUGUUGACCGAUGUCUUUUAUGGGAUCAAGGUCUGGUUUGUGUAUGUUGAUUCCUUCCGAGGUCGCGGUUACGACUUCAGCGAUGGUGCUAUCGUGGAAACACUGGUACAAAACAGAGGACAACAAGAGGCGAUGGAGUUUUUGUUCUGGUUUCGGCGCGAACCUGACAUGAGGGAUCGUGUCGACAGCUUACAACAACUGCUGGUGAUGAAAUACCCAGCUAUGUUCAGAAAUGUUCAAUCGUGUCUUGAGGCAUCCAUUAGCCCUGAAGAAGUAUUACGAUUGAUACCCAUCGCGGCGACACAUGGAGACGAUAAGAGGGUGUUGACCGAUGUCUUUUAUGGGAUCAAGGUCUGGUUUGUGUAUGUCGAUUCCUUCCGAGGUCGCGGUUACGACUUCAGCGAUGGUGCUAUCGUGGAAACACUGGUACAAAACAGAGGACAACAAGAGGCGAUGGAGUUUUUGUUCUGGUUUGGCGCGAACCUGACAUGA